AUGGGGAAGUGCAUGCGAUCUUGGUCGGACCUCCUUGUACAUCGCCGUCGUACGCGUUUGCGCGGCAGGUAUUGCAUGGAGAUGAUUCCCUCGGCUCACAGGAGGGCGCUUCAAUGUUGGAAACUAGCUACAAUGGGCCAGGUGCACAGCCGACUUGUUGCUGAUCGUCAGAAGUUUCGAGUCCUUCGCAGCUGGCAAUGGGCUGGCAGGCAAAGUUGCAGUGUGCGCAUUCUGGUGCGAAAGAAUGGACUGCUACAGUGUCAGAAGGUCUUGCAUUUGUGGAAGAGGGCUACAGCCCGCCUUUUGAGAUGUCGAAGGAUCCUUGCAAUUCAGCGAUGCCGAACAAUGGUCAAAACCUGUGGCAAGGCACUUUCCGCCUGGCGCUUGCAAGCUGCCGCGCUCGCGGCGCGGCGCUGCUGGGAGGACAGCCGCUGUCGCAUGCAUCAGGAGGCAGCACUCAACGCCUGGCGGCAGCUGUGUUCUCAAAGACUUUGGGGAAGGAUGCGACUCGAGAUGCGCAGGGAGCAUGCUUUGAUGCUAUGGCUUUUUGGGGAAUGGAAAUGGCAGGUGGCAGCGGAGCUUGCUUUGAGACGCUGGGUCUGGAGAGCCAGAAGUCAAGCAGAGGAAGAUGAAAGGCACAGAGAGGCCAACGAGACCCAUGGGGAAUCUCUUGCAUUCCAAAACUGGAAAUGGUGGACACUGCACCAAAAGGAAGUCUUGCAAGACUCCGAGACACAGAUUCAACUCCUGCACAUCAGCUUUGCUUGCUGGUCUCGCAAUCUGAAAGUCUCCAAAUUUCGGCUGAGACUUGAGGUGAAACAAACCACGUGCCUAUUGCGCGCCACAUGGCAUGCCUGGAGACAACACCGACUCAGCAUGCAGACAGCCUUAAGAUGCAGCAUUCACAAGAACCUGCUGAAGUUGGUUGCGGAAGCCUUUGAAAUGUGGCAGAUCGCCUCCGUGUCAGGUCUUGCUUUGCCGGAUCCACUUGGGGAAACAUCUCUCGAUUUGUUGGAAGUGUCAGCUAGCACCCAACAUGCUCAGAGUGGGAAGGACACGGAGGCCCCAGAUGAUGUGAAUCGGACUUUGUCGGAUUUGAGCGGCCUCACCUUUACAGAGGGAAGUCCAAUCUUGCCGCUUGCGUUUGAGUCAAGCCCUGAAGAUGUGCUGAAAGGAUACAGCCAGUGGAUCCCGAACUCAGCUUCAAGCGCCAAGGAGAUCCAAGAGAUCGUGGGCGAAAGGCUUCAGGAGCUUCGAAAAGUGCCUCAAGCAUUCCAAGAAUCUGCAACUUGUACCAGUCCUCCCAUCUCAAGUCCUCAAGGUUCUCAAGGUCCUCAAGCAACGGCUUUCAGGGUACCUGUGGCUCCGGUGGCUUUUCUUGCAAGCCCGCUGCGAUCUCGUCAACCAAGCCCAGUCCACACACCGCAAGGCUCGGGAAGCCAGUGGAGCGAAGCCAGUGUGCCAGCAGUCCCAUCUUUGGUCAAGCGGCAAAAACAAUGGCAAAGUGACAUCUUUAGAGCAUGGCUUGGACGGGCUCGCCUGAAGACCAAAACCUUAGCGAUUGAAGAAUGUUUGAAGUCCAGGGCUACUUGUCGUCACCAUCUGGCUUGGCAUCAGUUUUGGGUUGUUCAAAUCCAUCACAGAAAAGCACUUUGCAAAAGGUGCCUGAUGCAGUGGUACUUGGUCCAACAGAUGUAUGUUUCAAGGAUUCAAUCGUUGACGCAGAAGACGCUUCUCAAUGAGCUCAGUCUUUGGUGGCGUCGCUGGCAAGACAGGCAGCUGUUGUCAGCUACCUUGGCAGAUUGUCAGUAUCAUAGGUCCUUGCAGAGCUUCAGCAAGCGGCUAUUGGCAGAAUGGCAGCGCAGACGAAGACUGCGGAAAAGGUGUCAAUCAAUGGGAUUGAAGCAACAAAAAAAAUUGCUGGUCCAUGCCUGCAGGGUAUGGAAGAGCCGUUGUGAACAGCGACGCAGAGGAUUGGCCAUCUUCCACGGGAGGAUGUUGCACUUGGCCGCCAAGACAUGGAUGGCCUGGUGCGACUACAGAUCCUUCAUGCUGAGCAAACUAACUUCUGCUGAGCGCAUGGCGGUUGCUUUGCAACGCUGCGUUGGGUCAACACUGGGACGCCGAGCGGCUUUACAGCGUUGGGCUCUCCACAGUCGCCAGCCGGGGCUGGGGCCACCGGCGCCAGAGAUCUUUGUGCAGAAACGAAUGCGCAAAGUGCAGCUGCUGGCUCAUUUGGCGCACUGCGUGGCGAGGUGGAGACAACAGCUGCUACAUCGCGUCAUGCGCUCUUGGUGGAAGGUGCCGCUCAGGCGACUGUUGCUAGAGAGGCUGAACGCAAAGAGUAUGCAGGAUCUCCUCAUCACCCUGGAGACAUGGAGAGUUGCAGUGCAGCGGAUCAAGUCCUUCAGGCAGAAAGUGAUGCGACACGCCCUCCACCGCUGGCACAGCUGGCGAGGCUUGCAAAGGGCCGGCCGCAAGGCACAGAAGGUCUGCCAUUCAGGCACCCAAUCUUUAGCCUUGCGCUGCUGGCAUUAUCUACGCUUAGCUCGAAGGCACGGCAGCUUGAGACGACGUGAGCAAAAAGCCAAUGCCAUGGUGGCAUGGCGCGCAGCUGUCAAGACCACCGGGCAGCAACGCCUGUUGAUGCGCGUGUUUUUGCGCGAGUGGCGUAACAUGCUUGGCAAGGUCCAGCAGCUUCGCAGCCGUCAAGUACUCUGCGCCUGGCAUGGCAUCGCCAUCUCAAGAGGAUAUCAAAGGAGGCUAUUCCAACAAUGGCGACGUGGAAUUCUGGAGCUCCGGUGGCGAAGACUUUCGAAGUCGUUCAGUCGCUGGUGUUCGUACCAUUCUGCCUUCUUGAACGCAGCGGAAAUGGCGUCAAUUUCAAGGACUGCCUUGCUGAAAGAGUCGUGGUCAUUCUGGACGCAAGCAGUGAGUCGUUGGCGUGCGAAGCAGAGGGUUGAGGCGAAGUGCCGAAGUCGUCGAGUGCACAAGAUGUUGGCUGCGUGGACAUCUCUCCAUCGCGCCACUUUGCUGGGGCACCAUGCUGUCGCACGUCAUGUGCCCAGCUGGGCCUUGUGGCGACUCGGAGUCACAAUUUCAAGGGUCCAGAAGAUCGAUCUGCAAAAGACCAUGCACCUGUGGAGAGCCGGGCUGGUGGCAGUUCAGCUCCAGCGGCAGAACCACUUCUUCCGUGCUUGGCAUGUGUUCCUGCGAUCACAGUGCCGAUGCACUGCACUGAAGAGGUCCGUUCUGGCCAUGUGGAUGACCUUGGUGGAUGAAUCAAGGCUUUGUCGAAACAGACAAUGCCUUGCUGGCUGGCGUGCGAUGACAAAGGCUGCUGCGAUUGACAGACAUUGCUUGGUCCAUGUUUGGAGCCGCUGGCAGCUACUGCUUGAAGACCAACGUGCAGCUCAGCACCGACAGCAAGGAUGUCGGGCUUUUUUGGCUUGGCAUGGAGUGCUGCUGAGAUCCAGGCUACAGCUACAGUACCUGAGCUGGGCCUGCAAGGCCUGGCGACAUGGGGUGGCCGUGCAGAAGGCAAAGCGGCGGAAGAAGACCAAGGAAUGGCUUUUCCUUUGGCGCUUUGGCAUUCAGAACUUGAAAGUUUUGGACUUUGCUUGGGUCCAGUGGCAGCUCCUUUGUGCUGCUAGUGCGCGACGCCGUGCGCGUGUCAUUUUGCGACUGUGGUGCAACGAAAGCCACCGGCAACAUCAAGGGAAGGCCCUCCUUGGUGCAUGGCGAGUAGUGGUGUCACUUUCCCGCUUGCCAUACCUCUUCCACGCUUGGCGUGCCGUGCUCCUCUCACGGCGCCUGUCCAGAAGCAGCGUGAGUUUCGUGUUGGGCUGGUGGCUGUCUUCAGCACGCCAGGCAAAGUCCUUGAAGAGAUUCGCAUUCAGAGCUUUGCUCAUGGUGCAUCAAAAUCGGAGGCACCGCUUCUUAUACAGCGUUUUCACAUCUUGGCGUGCCUACCAGAGCAGUUCAAGGCGUGACCAGCGCCUAGAACUGUUGGUGCUGAAGUCUUGGGCAUCAGUCCACGAUGCAAGGAUUCAGCAGACCAAAGCCAUGUGCCGUUUUGCAGACUGCUGUGAGCGGAGCAUGGUGAUCGCAGCAGAAGCCAGUGCACGCUCAGCGGCAAAGGUCUUUCACGCUUGGAGGUGCUUCUGCCAGCGAUGCCUGGUGCGGCGGAGAUGUGCAACAACUGCUCUGCAGGUCGCACAACAGCAACCUUUGCGCAAAGCCUUCGACUGCUUCCAGAGCUGCGUCCAUGAGCAACGCCUCUACAGGCAGCGCUUCGGGCCCUUGGCCCAGCACCUUGCCAGCUUCUGCAAAAGGCGCCUGUCCAGUACUUGGAGCAGGUGGCGGCAACACACCAAGUGCUCCCAUCUACACCGGACUGGUCGGUUGCGGAUGAUGACCCGCACCUUGAAGGUCUGGCGGGAGAGAAACGUGCAUCGUAAGUCCUUGAAGGCUGCUGUCAAAGGAAUAGCAGCUCGUCGAAAUCAUCGACUCUCCUCCAGCUACUUGCAGAACUGGUACUCUGCAGCGAGAAAGUGCCGUUUGUCAGACUGGAUGCUUCGGUCAACAGUUGGUAGCGGGGACUUGAUAAAACCUGGGACAGUUGGCGUUGCGCUGUGGCCAGCAGCCAGACGCAGCAAGCGGACUUGGCCAAAGCCUUUUUUCGAAAGCGGCUUCUGCAGCGCGCCUUCGGUCAUUGGGAAAUGUCUCUGCAUUGCGGGCAGCUGCGGGGAUGGAGCUUGA